UUGUAGCUAAGCUAUAACGUCAAGUGAUCAAUGGAACAUCGCACAUCGCGCUCGCGCCGUUGCACAUUUCUUUGCUCCGAGUAUAGAAUUCCAAAGCAGCAAUUCCUUCGAAUGUUUAUUACAAUUACGUUAACGUAAAAUCAGUUUACUGUAAGUGAAUAAUAAUAAUUGGAAUAAAUAAAAAAAAAUGACGGUAUCCGCUUCCUUUUAGUCCAUUAUUCUCUUUUAAAAUAUCGAUUUUGUGAUAUAAUUAAUUUGUGUAAUGGACCUACCUGUCAUAUAGACACACAAUCAUUUUUUUUAACAAGAAAAGAGAUUAAUCAUGAGUUCGCAACCGAUAGUGGUACCUGGUGGGGAUCACCGAGUACAAUCAGAUGCUCAUUCUGUACCUGCUGGAGGAUGUUCUUCUGAUACGUUUAAAACUAUGACUCCGCCUAAUGUUAGUCGGUCACUGAGCAACCAACCUAAAUAUAUAGAACCAGUGGAUCAACAACUUCGUCCAAGCAGUGUCCAUGUACAACCAAUGCCUUUAACAAAACUUCCAUCAACUGAAUCACUUACAACAAGUGUAACUAUUACAACUGGCCCAGUUCCUGUAUCUCCAGGCUUAUCUAUGAUGGGAGAAGGCAGUCAAAAAACAGACAAUACAUCGGAUAAGUCUAUGGAUUCCUGUAAGUUGACACGAAAGGAAUCUUACAAAGCACAGAGAAAAAAUUAUCGAAUAGAAAAGAAACGUGUUGCUAAUGAACUUCUUAGUUCGUUCAAAGAUCCAACCGUUAUUGUAAUGAGCGAUUGGCUUAAAGUUAGAGGAACAUUGAAGAGCUGGACUAAGCUGUGGUGUAUUCUCAAACCCGGCUUAUUAUUAUUAUAUAAAAGCCCAAAGAUAAAGAGUAAUCAUUGGGUUGGAACUGUUUUGCUAAAUACGUGUCAAGUAAUAGAGAGACCUAGUAAAAAGGAUGGAUUCUGUUUUAAACUUUUCCACCCUUUAGAGCAAUCUAUUUGGGCUCCUCGAGGACCAGAGAAUGAAGCAAUCGGAGCUGUGGUACAACCUUUACCAACUUCUUAUUUAAUCUUCAGAGCACCCUCUCAAGCUGCCGGUAAAUGCUGGUUAGAUGCACUUGAACUUUCUUUAAGAUGCUCUUCGUUAAUUGUACGUUCAACUAGUGCAUUGCCACGUUCUUUACAACAUGAUGCAACGACUACUCACGAAACUCAAUGGAGUGAGGCAGAUUAUGAAAAACAUUUUGAUGAGCAUGAAUACAAGACCCAUGAGGUAGUAACGCUAGAACCUGUAUACACCUCACAUACAGACCUGGAUGAUAUCAGCCAGCCAGAAAAUGGAGUCGCAGUCGAUGCCGAAAUCAGUGCUUCAGAUAGCGAAUCUGAGGGUUCUGCAAAAGAAGAACCAUUGGAUACAAUUAAUGAAACUCCAUAUGCAUCUAAUGAAAAUGAAGUUCUUGGCUCAGCCGGAGAAGUAGUAACAGUAUUGCAGGAAGAACAAAAAUCUUUAAUAUGGUUUUUAAUGAAACAAGCACGACCUGGAAUGGAUCUAUCUAAAGUAGUAUUACCUACUUUUAUAUUAGAACCUCGAUCAUUUUUAGAGAAAUUAGCUGAUUCUUAUUAUCAUGCUGAUCUUCUAUCGGAAGCUGUACUAGAAGAUGACGCAUUCACGCGUAUGAAGGCAGUUGUAAAAUGGUAUUUAUCUGGUUUUUAUAAAAAACCUCAAGGCUUGAAGAAACCGUACAAUCCACUUUUAGGUGAAACAUUUCGUUGUUAUUGGCAACAUCCUAAUGGUUCAAGAACAUUCUACUUAGCAGAACAAUUAUCUCAUCAUCCACCUAUAUCAGGAUUUUAUGUAACAAAUCGUCAAGAUGGGUUUACGAUCAGUGCUACGAUUAUUGCUAAAUCUAAAUUUUAUGGUAACUCAACAUCAGCAAUAUUAGAUGGUGUUGCAAUAUUAACAAUGUUACCCAGAGGUGAAGAUUAUACGAUGACGAUUCCUUAUGCACAUUGUAAAGGUAUUCUUGUAGGAACAUUAUCUAUGGAACUUGGUGGAAAAAUAGAUAUUGAGUGCGAGAAAACUCGUUACCAUACUGAAUUAGAAUUUAAGCUUAAGCCAUUUCUUGGAGGAUCAGAACAGAUGAAUCAAGUAGUAGGAAGAAUACGUUUAGGGAAAGAAACUCUUGCUACUAUUUCAGGAUAUUGGGAUGGACAAAUAAUGAUUACUGAUAAGCGAACUGGACAAGAAAGUAUAUUUUUUAAUCCAACUACAGAGGUACGUAAAAAUAGAUUGAAAAAAUAUACUGUGCCUCUGGAAUAUCAAGGUCCAUGGGAAAGCGAAAAAUUAUGGCUUGCUGUUACACAUGCUAUUAAUCGAGACGAUCAAUAUGCUGCUACCGAAGCAAAAACGCAACUAGAAGAAGCUCAAAGAGAACGAGCUAAAGAACGCAAAAAUAAUGGUCAAGAAUGGGUUCCUAAAUAUUUUGUACAGGAUAUUAUAACAGGUAAUUGGGUGUAUAGACACGCAGAUGCUCGACCAUGGGAUCCUAGAAAUGAUGUAGUACAAUAUGAACAUGAUUAUAUUAUACGCACAAAAACAAGACAUAAGACACCAAUUAUGCGUACUGGUAGUAUUGUUUCUACAGAUCCUAUAACGCAGAUGCCAUUACUUCAAGCUGAGUCUCGUUCAUCACUAUCUGUGUUAAAAUCUUCAAAACGACAAUUGUCUAAUAAUUUACCUCUUACAGAAACUGCACACGACUCGGGUAGUUCAUCUGCCGAGUUACAUUCAGAUUCUAGUCAGUCAAUAGGCAAAAGAAGACGUGCUACGACAAGAUUACUAGAUAUCACUAAAGACAUAGAAAAUCAAAUAUCAGAAUAUGGUGAAAAAUUGAAUCGUAUUCAACAUCUAAUUGAACAACUUGCUGUAAGGCAAAGAGCACAAAUAGAGCAACAACAUCAUAUAAAUGUCUUUAAAAGUUUUUUAGAUACUAUACUCGUUAUCGUAGUUGUUUUCCUUGUGCAAUAUUUUAUGAAAGUAUGGAAUACAGGACCUAGUACAAGUUGAAAUAAUUUAUUAUAGUGUCCUAUACGUUACGUAAUUAUUUACAUAUAGUAAAAUAAAAAA